AUGUCUACCCUUGCUAGAAAACACUUCCUCCACAUUACCCGGCGACGGCCGUCAAUUGCGUUUCAUCGAUCGAACACCACAGCUUCGAUAUUGGCUGCCACCGGUAGCAAAAAGAGCCAAUUCUCUUCGAGUGCUAGGAAGAUCGCAUAUGCUACAGGCGGCACCAGUCUAGUCAUCGCCGGCCUGUUGUGGUCGGGACGUGGCCAGGGCGACUAUGUCGAUGACCCACGGGACAAGAAGGCCCUUUCAACAGUUCCAUUAACAAAGCUUCUCUCGGGAUGGAUCGCUUUUGCCUUUUGCUCCUCCCCGACCUGGGUUGAUAUGAGCGAGUCUCUGUACAACAUACUCUCCAAAAUUCCCAUUAUCUCCCCGAUCACCAAUGCCGUUGUAAUGAAGACAUUUUUCAAUCAGUUCCUUGGUGGUGAAACGACCCCGGAAUGUAUCCCCAAGAUGGAGACCCUCCGGAAUGAAGAGAUCGGUACCCUCCUCGGCUAUAAUAUCGAGGCUGAACUCGAUGGCUCAAGCAAGCGCACAGAACUGAUUCUUGAACAAAUUCAACACGUUGCUUCUUCCAUCGAAGCGCAAGGGUCGCUAGCUCGGAAAUUCUGGCCUGACACCAGUGCUACUGGUGGGGACAACCGUUGCUGGGUCCGGAUCAAGGUCACGGGUCUGCUCCCCAACCCAAGUGCCCUUUACCAUGGCUCUAAUGCCAUCCUCAAUGGUAGAGAUAAGAGGGGUCUGGAUAAAGAUGUCCCGUAUCCAGGAUUGCCUCAUGAUGGUGAUUGGGAAGCGGCCCUGAAAGGUGUGACAGAUUCGGACCGAAAGGAACUAGUGAAUCUGCGUGCCGUGCUAGAGAGUAUCGCCACCAAGGCAAGAGAGAACAAUGUGCGCAUCGUUAUUGAUGCCGAGCAGUCAUGGUACCAGCCCGUCAUUGACUCUCUGACUGACGAACUCAUGCAAAAAUACAACUCCUUGGAUGGACCUCCCACUUGCAUAGCCUCCUUCCAGGCUUAUCUUCGCAGAUAUCCCCAGCUUCUUAAUCAGCAGAUUGAGCGCGCGGAUAAGAAGGGUUACAAGCUUCUUUUUAAACAGGUUCGAGGUGCUUACAUGGUCACCGAAGCUGCCAGAUGGAAACGGGAAGGGAGGGAAGGGCCUGGACCGGUGUGGGAAACCAAGUCAGAAACAGACGCCUCCUACAAUUAUGGAAUUGAGAAGUCUCUUGAGACAGUGGCUGGUCAGAUAAAAGAGUCUGGUCGCUCAAGGCUCAGUGUGGUGUUCGCCACCCACAACUCUAUCAGCAUUGACCUUGGGAUCAGGUUGUUGGAAAAAUACGGAAUGGCCAAGCGCGAGGGUGACGGAGACAGACUGGUGGUUUCUGGUGAGGCUGCUGGUAGCAUUGCCUUUGCCCGACUAUAUGGCAUGAAAGAUGACUUGACCUACAAGAUUACUGGGUCCGUGACAGCCGAGGGCGGAUUCCCGCUCGUCGUAAAGUCAAUGAGCUAUGGAGAUCUCAAGGAAUGUUUGCCAUUUUUGGCCAGACGGGCCUCUGAGAACAAGGCUGUUCUGGAGGGUCGAGGCGGCGCCGCGGCCGAGAGGGUGCGACUGGGUCGCGAGAUUCGCAGGAGGCUUCUACCUUUCAGCUCUUAA